AUGGAUGAGAACGAGGAGUUGGAGGACGGAUUCUAUGCACUUCAGCCAAACGAAUACAACUCUCGACUUCAAGACGAUUCUAUUAUGGCUUGCCCAGGUAGAAAAAAGAAUCCUGUUCUAUUCUAUUUACAUCCAUCUGGGGAUUUUAGCUUUUACUUGAUCUUAAUUUAUGAGAUAGAUGGUUUUUCUUUUAGUGCCUUAUUUAUGAUUUUUUAUGGAGUAAUAUCAGUAGGUUCCAAUCUUUUGUCAAAAUGGAAAGUCAAAAAAAACCAGUUCCAGGUUCGCUGGAAAGGGUAUCAAUCUGAUGAUGAUUCUUGGGAACCAGAAUAUAAUUUAGAAUCAGCAAAUUUGGUUCUCGACGAAUUUCGAAAAGAAAAUCAAGACCGAAUUGAUGAAGCUAAAGAAUAUUUAAAAGCUGUGAAGCAGUAUCAGCAAAAGAAAACUGACAAACGGAAUCGCGCAUCGCGUAGUACAAAACUUGGCAAAAGAAAACGAAAAAGAAAUCUUAUCGCAGAUCAAAGAAAAUCACCCAGAAAGAGUCAGCUGUUUCGAAAAGAUUUGGAAGUUGUUAAGGAUGAAAUUGAUAGCCAGUCGAUCGAUGGUAAAAGUGUUGAUGAUGAAGACUAUAAACCACCUCCAUCUAAGAAAAAAGCAAAUGGACAAAGCAAGAGAUCAUCUAUUAAGAAUGAAAAGGCAUUGGUGAAAGUGGAGGCCGAUUCUGCUUUGUCUCAGCAGGAAAGAAUGAAAAUUAAGGAAUGCCCAAUUCGUAAUUCAAAAAAUGCCUGGUUAUAUGAUGAUGCGGAUGAUGGUGAGUCAGAGGAUUCUUUUGCCAGAUUUCUUCAUUCUGGAAAGAAUUCCGUUCAAUGCAAAUUGAAGCCAGUAAGGGAGAAGUUAACAUCCAGAGGAGAAAAAAGAAAAUCGGAUGAAAACCAAGAAAUUGUGAAUACAUCUGUAGUAAAUGAUGACAGUCGUACGUCAGCUAAUGCUGUUCUUGAAUUGGAACUUAAUAAUGACCAGAAGAUACCAGUGGAGAACACAAGCGACGUAUCUUUUGGGAACAGUUCGGGAUGUUCUGCGCUUAUUAUAAAUACCGAAAUUCAAGAUUCUGAUGUUGCAAUAACCUCAUUUGAUAAUAAUUUUUCGGGAAAGGUUUCAAGGCCUAUUGAUGUGCUUGGCAUUAUUAAAUGUCGCAACAGUGAAAUUAAAGUAAUUUAUGCCGAUAAAGCUGAACCAGAAUUACGGCGAAUGGCGUCUGUUAAAGAACUUUUUGAAAUAAAUGGUUUUGAAUUGGUUCAGUAUCUUCUGAAUCGCGCUGUAUUCGUUGAAAGAGGUGGCUAA